AUGUCUUUUCUGCAGCUGUUACCUUUUCAAAGUUGCCUUUCGCCAACCGAGAGGCCCUCACCAAGUUCAGCGGGGGACUCUCCAAGCUCAGCUGUGGUGCCUGCAGCCCCGGAGGCACCAGGUGCGGCGCCUUCAUCAAGUUCAGCGCUGCCUGCAGCCCCGGAAGCACCAGCUGCGGCCUCUUCCCCAAGCUCAGCUGUGGUGCUUGCAGCCCCAGAAGCACCAGCUGCGGCGCCCUCACCAAGUUCAGCGGCGGCCUCUUCCGGAAGCUCAGCUGUGGUGCUUGCAGCCACAGAAGCACCAGCUGCGGCAAGUUCAGCGGCGGCCUCUUCCCGAAGCUCAGCUGUGGUACCUGCAGCCCGGGAAGCACCAGCUGCGGCUCCCCCAGUGCUGGAGACGCCUGCUGUGACCCCUGCAGUCUUGGAGCCACCUGCAGCGGCCAGCGCACCUGCAGAGAAGUUGGACGCCUCACCUGGAGCCCGCCAGCCUGAGUUCCGCCAGUCCUUGCUGUCCUUGGCCAUGCGUCGCCAGUUGAUGCUCCGAAUGCUGUCUUCCUUGAAGAAAGAGGAAGAGGUUUUAAGUGUGCAAGCUGAAGCUGCCGCCGUGGCUUUGUGUUCCGCGAGAUCUUCUUCUUCCACCGGUUCUCCUGCAGACAUGUUGGAGACGCUGCCUAUGCCUGAAGCUGAUGAUCUGCUCACUGCACCUAAGCUGGAUGUUUCUUCCCUGCCGCCUCCCAGCGUUGCUCCUUGUCCUGUAAUGGCAGAGGCAGAGGCAUCCCUGGAAGCACCUGCUGCUGCGGAAGAGGAAGACUUCCGUCGGAAGCAGCUCGCUGUGCGGGCAGAAGAGAAGGAGGCUCAGCAAGCUGCACGGGAGGAAGCAAAGAACAACAAGGAAAAGCAGCAGAAGCCAAAGGCGAAAGCCAAGGGCCGACCACGAAAGACUGACGACAAGGCAGCCCCCAAGAGAGCACCCAAGCGCAAGAACACGGAGGAGGCUACGGAGGAGGCUGAAGUUCCUGCAGUUUCUGCGCCAGUUGAGGCGAAGCCCAAGAAGCAAAGGCGCACAGCUGCCAAGUCCAAAGCGAAGCCUGGGCAGUGGGAGUACCCUCCGGAGGUUGACAGGGACAUGAUCCCGGAGUUCCUCGAGGUCAUGAAGCAGUUCAAGGACCAGUCCUACGACAAGUCUGAGAUGACUCUCCACACGAAGAAGUUUGCAGAUUGGAUCACCAUCCCUGUCUACUGGACCCGCCCUGCUGUCGGCAUCAAGAUUGCCACGGAGAGCGGUGUGACACAGCGGUACUACACCGGAAGGAAGUUCAACAGCAUCGCCGUGAACAUCCUGGUUGCCCACAAGAUGGCAGAGAAGUUGGUGGCUCAUCCGCGUGAGUGGGCCAUGAGUAAUGAAGCCAGCACGUGCUUCGACAAUUUGCAGUUGACCGCUGCGGCUGCCCAUGACAAGUUUGAAGAUCUGAGGGCCCGGGGUCUUGACCCGACUGCGCUGGCUGCUAUGGCUGGGGGGCAUCUGCAUGCCACCUUGCUUUGCGGAGCAGCGGGGCCACCUUUCGAUUUGCUGGAGGCCCCCUCGCUGAAGGGACUUGCGGCGCCCCUCCCGCUCAUGCCGAAUGGUCUUGGUGAUGGCGGAAGCUCGGACGAUGGCCGCCAUGGUCCGCCCAAGGGAAAAGGAUGGUCCAAAGGGCCGGACGCAAGGGAUGGGAAAGGAAAAGAUGGAAAAGGUAAAGAGAAGGGAGAUGAAAAGGGGCCACCUUCUGCGCCAAUGGGGAUGGGGCAGUGGGUCUACAUGUGGCUGCCCUAUGGGCCUGGCGGACUGCCAUAUGGACCCCCGCAGCCAGUACCUCCAUUCCCACCACCGCACAUGGUGCCUCCUAUGAUGAUGAUGCCCCCACCUCGCCCUGUGAAGAAGACAAACAAAAAGGAAAAGAAAGAUCCCAGUGAAUCCUCCGAGGUGCUGGCCCUCCAAAACCGAAGCCCCGGCCAGAUGCGGUGGAGAGAGCUUGCGCUGUCGCAGGCCUACCCGCUGGCUCCACGGCAGGAGCCUCCGUGUCAGAGAAGGAAUGCCUCCGAGCCAGCCCCAGCUACCUCGGCCCGGCGGAGGCGACAUGACAAGGACAAGAGCAAGAAGGAGGACCGUGACCGGUCACGGCGACGCCGCAGGGAGGAAGGUGCUAUGGUGAAGCGCGGCGCUCGCUCUUCUGGCCAUCGCUUUGCACGUGGGGCCAUCCAGAAGGAGAAGCGGCUUCAGCGCGAGCAAAGGGCUGCAGCCAGACCUCCUCGAAGUGCGUUCCUUUGGAUGAUCGUAAUGACGUUCUAUCAUACCGGUAUGCCCACAGUGGCACAGGCGUGGACAUGUGUCGAGCUGUUCGCUGGCGAUGGAAAUGUCGGCAAAUCCACCAAGUACGGCCUGGUGGCCACCGCUCAGCUCGACAUCCGAUAUGGAGGCCAGGUGGCUCAACGCAACGCCUUCGAUCUUGGACACGCUGGCGAUCUGGGUGCUUCUGAACACUUCGCCAGCAGGUUUUUUUUGUCUGCUCGCAGUGGUGUGUACGAGCUUCAGCGCGAUGAACGUCGCAACUUCAAAGAGGUCUCCUUGUACUCCGUUUGGGGACACAACCCUGCCACAUGUUCGAGUUGGAAACCUGUUACUCUCCAGAAGCAUUUUGCUAUGCUAUCUGGCCGUAUGUCUCAACGGUGCACUGAUGUUGGAGCAGCCAUCUUCCUCACGGCUGCCGUGGUUUCCACGGUGGGAACAAUUCGCCCAGAUGGUAAAGCUUUGGCGAGUGGGCUGGUGGAUGAAACAUUAUGGCUCACUCACACCGAAACUGGACGUAAUCAUCGUACAUCUCGACUUUUUUGCUAUCAGAAAUAA